GACAUGCCUCCUCCCUUCUCCCUAAUACUCCCCGGAGAGCACAGACUUGCCAUCGCACCAACUGCUCAGUACUAGCUAACCUCAACAGCAGCAGCAGCACAGCGCGAAACAACGUUACAACAACCUACCCUAACUCAUUAUCUCUUCCAUUGCACAGCGUAUGUGCACUAUCUGAGCUCCAAGUGUACGUAGUGGGUACUGGCUAGAUAUUUGAGAUGCUUGCGGUUUCACCAGUGAGGUGCACCAAUGUCGAGGAGCACGUCGGAGGUGCCGGCAUGGAGAUGGAGGCAAUUGGGCCUGUGUCGUCGGACCUGGAUUUCGAUUUCACGGUCGAUGACAUAGACUUUGGGGACUUCUUCCUCAGGCUAGAGGACGGCGAUGCGCUGCCAGACCUUGAGGUCGAACCCGCCGAGAUCUUCACCGACUUCGAGGCGAUAGCCACCGGCAGCGAUGGUGUCACGGACCAGGAGGUGCCCAGUGUCCUGCCCUUUGAGGAUGCCGCGCACAUAGGUGCCGUGGAUCCAUGCAGUGGUGUCCUUGCCGAGGAGAAUACAACGUUUUUAGAUGCGGAAGAAGGGAAAGGAGAGUGCAACCAUGACGAGGAGGUGGUAGCAGGGAAUGGUGACUUCGGCGCCGGUGAAGCCAUGGCGGCUGAGGUAAAGUCGCCAUCUUCGACGACAUCGUCAUCUCACGAGGCUGAGAGCCGGCACAAGUCGUCCAGCAAGAACUCCCAAGGAAAGAAGAAAGCAAAGGUGGAUUGGACGCCGGAGCUUCACCGGAGGUUCGUGCAAGCUGUGGAGCAGCUCGGCAUCGACAAGGCAGUGCCAUCCAGGAUACUGGAGAUCAUGGGCAUCGACUCGCUCACGCGGCACAACAUAGCCAGCCAUUUGCAGAAGUACCGGUCUCACAGGAGGCACAUGCUUGCAAGGGAGGCUGAGGCUGCGAGCUGGACCCAGAGGCGGCAGAUGUAUGCCGCUGGCGGAGGCGCUGCUGCUGUGAAGACGCCGGACUCAAAUGCAUGGACCGUGCCAACCAUUGGCUUCCCUCCUCCUCCACCACCGCCACCUCCUCACCCUAUGCAGCCCUUCGGCCGGACGUUGCACGUCUGGGGUCACCCGACACCGACGGUGGACCCGCCUCGGGUGCCAAUGUGGCCGCGACACCUUGUCCCGGGCGCCUCGACUCCGCCGUGGGCUCCCCCUCUGCCGUCGUCUGACCCGGCCUUCUGGCACCACGUUUACAUGAGGCCUGCACAUAUGCCUGGCCAUGUGGCUCCUUGCGUGGCAAUGCCAAUGGCAGCUGCGAGAUUUCCUGCUCCACUGGUGCGGGGAGUUUUACCAUGUGCAGCUCCAAUGUACAGGCCACUCGUUCCUCCAACCCUCGCAAACAAGAAUCAUCAAGAUACGCAGCUCCAGCUACAGGCACAGCCAUCAGCCGAGAGCAUAGAUGCAGCGAUUGGUGAUGUUUUAACGAAACCGUGGCUGCCACUGCCCCUUGGGUUGAAGCCGCCUUCAGUCGAUAGUGUCAUGGGCGAGCUGCAGAGGCAAGGUGUAGCAAAUGUGCCGCCAGCUUGUGGAUGAUCUCUGGAAGAUGGAUGACGACUCCAUUGCUGCUCGUCCGAUCUGUCCAACCAAAAAAUUCGCCGACAUGCCCUGUUUUUUUUCCUGAAUUUUCGUGAACUUUUAAUGGACCACUCCCUUAACUUGUGCAGAGUUAGAAAAAGGAGAGACUACAUCCUUGUCUUGGGUUUGAGAGAAUUUAACCUGAGUACAUCCAUGUAUGAUGUACUGUUUGUCGGAGUAAUAAUCGUUACCUGUAUGCUUGUCCUAAAUUAUGUUUGCAAUAGUCUUACUUCAGAACUUUAAGUUCA